AUGACUGAUCUUUCGAACAUUCUGCAGAUUCUUCCUAUAGCUUUCACGAAUAUCAACAAGCUUAACAAGUACAAGGAGAUAAUCUUGAUGGACAAACAUGGUGUGCAGCGGUUAACGAAGCUGGUUCAAGACGGACCACACAAUAGAAGAAGAGGAUUGGGGAAAGGAUGGAAACUUUUCUGUGAAGCUAAUGAUGUAUUCGAGAUUGGUAAGUCUUUUGUGUUAGAGUUGAUGUGGGAAGACACAGUUCCCGUUCUCAAGUUUUGUUCCAAGGUCAAGUAUGUUCCGGUUAGUUUUGUGAGGUCAAACGGUUUGAGCAGUACCUACUUAUCUUUCAAGGCGGUUAGUGACAGCAAAUGGUCUGAAGGAAAGAGACGAAUUCAUCAGAUCUUGUGA